CCCAAGCUUUUCGUUCCAAGCUUCAUCACCUGUCGAGCAUCGUCCAAAACAGCCAUUGUCAAGAGUCAAGACGGCAUCAUCUUUCCACGACAUUAUUUCUUCUUAACAGUACAAGUACCUAUUGAAUUAUGCCUCGCCCAACAUCCCGUACGCUUUUCGUAGUCGUCCCUGGUGCCUCUCAAAGUCCUUCCCACUAUGGCUAUCUCCUCCAUCUCCUCCAAAGCAAGGGCUAUCCGACAUUGUCUGCCCUACUCCCUUCGACCGGUGUGGCCAAAGACAAGGAACCUGGGGCUGUGCCGGGGGCUCACCCUUGGCUCAGGUUAGAGCAGCAACAUCUUAUGGGGGCUCGCGGCAACUCACGUUUGUUGACAACAAUGGUAAUUCAUCAGGGCAACUUUCGGGUGAUGCAUAUGUCUGUUGCUACUUGGUAUGCGCGCCCUUAAUGUAUGCUUGUUUCUAUUUGAUCUUUUAUGUCCCACCAGGGUUUUAUUCCGGCUGUAAUGCCAUAGUAUAUCAUUGCGCUGCAGGCCAACACGCAAGAAAAGGCUAACAUGUGAUCAUCGUCAUUCAGCGCUGACGUGACUGAACUGUGAACUGGAAUUUGAGCCCGC